GAGAGGAGAAGCCAGAGGAAGGUGAUGACGAUAACAGGGAGAGAGAUCGCUGUAAGAACGUCAAAAGGCCGCAGUUUGUUCCCGACGCCAAAGUUAACGAGUACGAAGCGUACAAGGGAACGUCCGUGAACACGGGCCCAAAGGGUGUGAUCAGAGACUGGCAGCGCUACAAGCAGCUUCAGAACGAGCAGAGUGUAGAAAACAACGCUGAGUUACAGGCGCUGGCCAAGAAACUCUCUCUCACCUGCAGAUCCGACCUUGACGAGCAGAAGGAGAAGGAUAAACAGAAGCAUGAGGAAGAUGACUUGCAGCUCCAUCUGGAGGAGAUGGAGGAUGAGUUUCUGCAGCAGUACCGGCUGAAGCGCAUGCAGGAGAUGAUGUCUGUCGUCACAAACCUGCCGAAGUUUGGCAAGCUGGUGGAACUGACCAGCGGGCAGGCGUUUCUCGCUGCGAUCGAGAAGGAGGUUCCACAGGUCAACGUCAUCAUACACAUCUACGACGAUCUGACGCAUGCCUGCGAGGCAAUGAACGGAUGUCUGCAGUGCCUGGCUGCAGAAUACCAGACGACAAAGUUCUGCAAGAUUAGAGCUGGAUGUAUCGGACCACUCAGCAAGCACUUUAUUUCUACAUCGAACCACGAUAAGAAAAAACAACAACACGAAAACCCCUAUAUUCUCACGUAUCGCACCGAGGUCAUCAAAAACACGCUGAAUCCAACAUGGCGGCCGUUCACUGUUCCCGUGCGUCUGCUGUGUAACGGAGACUACGACCGCUCCAUCAAAAUAGAAUGCUGGGAUUGGAACAGCAGUGGGUCGUGA